GGGUGAGGUUCUUGGUGCACUUGUUUCCAAGGGUUCAACUGCUACCGGGAGGCCAAGGGUGAACGGAAGGAGAGGUGCAUUUUGUUUCUGAAGCCAUGGACUACCAACAGAAACUGGCUGAAAAGCUCACCAUCCUCAAUGAGAGAGGGAAUGGGGUGCUAAUACGCAUGAACUACAUUAAGAAGACCUGUGCAGACCCGAAGACGAGGCCAUCCCUCCUGACAGAUAAAGCCAUGGAGCCUGCCAUCAAGUACAUUAACAAGAAAUUCCCCAACAUUGACUUCAGAGGAAACAUCCAAAAUCUGACCAGCAUCCAGAGACAUAAAUCUGAAGUGUUGGCAGGCACAGCAAGCUACUACGACUCUUUCCUGGAUGUUAUCGAGUUCAGGGACCACGUGUAUGAGCUGCUGAACACCAUAGAUGCCUGUCAGUGCUUCUUUGAUAUUACAGUCAACUUUGACUUCACCAGAAACUACCUGGAUCUGAUCAUCACCUACACAUCUAUAUUCCUAAUGCUCUCUCGCAUCGAUGACAAAAAGGCUCUGGUGGGCAUGUUCAACUGUGCCCAUGAAAUGACCAACGGCAGCAGUGACCCCUCCUACCCGCGGCUCGGCCAGAUGUUUGUGGAGUACGAGCAUCCUUGGAAGAAGCUCACGGAGGAGUUUGGCCCUCACACAAGGUCUGUGACAGCAGCGUUGCUGUCUCUUAAGAUGGUCUACCCACGCAGGAACCUGCCAGCCGAGCAGUGGCGGAGCGCCCAGCUCCUCAGCUUGCUCAGUGCUCCAGCUGCCAUGUUGGACCCAGCUUGCUGCAACACUAUGGGAUGUGAAUAUCUCUCAAUGGAAGUGAUGGAGCGCUGGAUCAUCAUCGGCUUCCUAUUGUGCCACACCAGUCUGAAUACAAACCAGGCCUCUCAGGAGCUGUGGAAGAUAGCUCUGCGAAGCGGCAUCUACCUCACCCUCACCAGAGAUGAGGUACUCAACAUACACAAGGUGUCCGAGGACCUCUUCGACAACAUCAAAGGAUACAGCAAGCGUGUUGCUGACAUCAAAGAAUGCCGUGAGCAUGCUUUGGUCAACAGUGGAGCUAUGCACAGAGAGAGGAGGCAGUUUCUGAGAGGAGCGAUGAGGGAAUUAUUUAAAGUUCUGGAGGAUGAACCUGGACUUCUGGGACCAAAGGCCCUGUUUGUCUUCAUGGCUCUAUCAUUUUCCCGUGACGAGGUCCUGUGGCUUGUCAGGCACUCUGAGAAUAUGCCAAAAAUAAAGACACCCGAGGACUACAUUGACAAUCAGAUGGCAGAGCUGCUGUUCUACAUGGAGAAGUUAAGGGGUCUGAUGACAAAGUACAACCAUGUAGUUCAGCGCUACCAUGUCCAGUAUCUGGCACAGUUUGAUGCUUUGGUUCUCAAUGACACCAUGCAGAACAUGUAUGUAUGUCCAGAAGAGGAGUCAGUUCUGAUGAGUUCAUUUGUCUCCACCCUGUCCGCUUUGUCCAUCAAACAAGUGGAAAACAAAGAGGAGUUUGACUUCAGAGCACUCAGAUUGGACUGGCUAAGAUUGCAGGCCUACACAAGUGUGAACAAGGCUCCUCUUCCAUUAAAAGACUACAAUGACUUAGCAAAGGUGAUGAACAUGAUUCAGUUUCACACCAGGAUGGUGGACAGUGUGGAAGGACUUCUGCAGGAGACAUCUGAGGUGUCCAUACUUUGUUUCUACCCGCGUGUCUUUGAGAAAAUGUUUGGCCAGAGCAGCGAGGAGAUGACCAUGAAGCGUUACCUUAUGGCUUUCCCGUCUGCCUGUUCUCACUUCAACCUCUGUGGAGACCCUCUCUGCCCAGAAGAGAUAGAGGCCAUGGAGAAGAAGUGUCUGCGCCUGUGUGUGACCUUCCUGGAGCAGAUUGCCAAGAUGACCAGCAGUGUUGUGUUAGAGAUAUGUGCUGAGCAGUGCAACCUCAGCGAGCAGUUGCAGCCCAAACACAGUGCAGAGACCAUCAGCGCAGCUCGCCACAGAAAGCAAAAGAAGCCAGUGCCAAAGAAAGGAGAAGUCCCGAAAGAGAAACCAGGCGCUGAAAGCCUGAGAAAAGACCGGACUGUCACCACCAAUGUGGACAAGAUGCACCUGAUGCUGACAGAACUCUGCUCCUGCUACAGCCUCCACAAUGACUUUGUUGUCUUUGAUCACAUAGUCGUCCCAACAGAGUUUCUUCUUUCUCAUCUGGAGACACGCCUCUCUGAGGUCAUCGUGAGAAUGGCCAAUUACAACCAGACCACCCAGGAGAUAGCCCGUCCCUCGGACCUCCUGGCAGGGAUAAGAGCCUAUACAGCCAGCCUGCACAGCCUCUCAGGCUACAUCAAUGUGGACAUCACUCGGCUGGUGAAAAACGUCCUGCUGCAGCAAACACAGCCGGUGGACUCACGUGGAGGGCAAACCAUUACGACUUUCUACACAAACUGGUUCCUGGAGAGUCUCUUGCGUCAGGCAAGCAACUCCCUCAUUGUUCACUGUCCUACGAUGUACUGCUUUGUCAACCAGACUACUGAAAAUGAACCAAGUUUCAGAGCAGAGGAGUAUUCAGAUGUAUCAGAGUUAAUGGCCCUGGCAGAGCUAAUUGGUCCAUAUGGCCUGAAGUUUCUAAGUGAGAACCUGAUGUGGCACAUCACCUCUCAAGUCAGCGAGCUGAAGAAACUAGUGAUUGAGAAUAUGGACAUUUUGGUACAGAUGAAGAACAACUUUGACAAUCCUGAGGCAAUGGCAAAUCUCAAAAAGAGGCUGACAGGUGGAGAGAAUGUGUUGAAGAGGAUGACCAUCAUUGGAGUGAUCCUGUCCUUCAAAUCAAUGGCACAGGAUUGUCUGAAAGACAUCCUGCUAAAGCACUGCCCGUACCUGAUGGGUCCCCUUGAGUGCCUGAGAGACUGCGUUUGCCCUGAAGAUGACAUCAAGGUGACUCUAAGCGUUUUUGAGCUGGCUUCUGCUGCAGGAUUGAAAUGUGGUAUUGAUCCAGCCCUUGUCACAGCUGUCAGGAGCAUGCAAACAGAUAAUACUUCGAUUGAUGAGGAGUACAAGAUGUCCUGUUUGUUGCUGGUCUACAUCGCCGUGUCCCUGCCUACAUUGGCCCUGGACCCUAACUCUUUCUACAGCCGAGAGCAUGGAGGCCACAACAACAACAUCCACUGUUUAGCUACAGCUAUUAACCAACUGGCUGCUGCCAUGUUCACCGUUCAGAACAAGAACAUCGAGCAGCACCUGAAAGAGUUUCUCCUGCUGGCCUCCUCCGCUCUGCUUCAGUUGGGACAAAGUGUAGAAAGAAUAGAGGGCAAAAACCGAGAAUCCAUCUACCUGCUCCUGCACAUGAUUGUGGAGGAAUCUCCGUUCUUGAGCCAAGACAUGCUGGAGAGCUGUUUCCCAUAUGUUCUGCUCCGAAACUCCUACAGAGAGGUGUACAGGUCCUUCAUCGUCACUCUGGGCUGAAGACUUUGAUAAACACUUUUAAUAUCACCUUUAUGUAAACAAGAGACUUUUUUCAUGUAUGUGUUUUGUUUUCAGUACCAUUCAGUUUCUUGUUCAUGCAGUCUGCACAUUCACACCAGGAUAACCCUGCUCUUGAUAUUUUUCAUCCUUGUUCCUGUUACUAAUGCUUCCUGUGAGUCAGCUCUUAUUGUACCGACAUUACUUUUUACAGCAGACUUGUUUUUAUAGUGUGCAUCUGCUAGCAUUACAGUGUAAAUUUAUUACUGCUGUAGUAUUAAUAUCAGCUUAAAUAAUUCAAAAUGCUAAUCAGGUAUUCCUUUUACAUUCUACAUGUCAGCGCCAGACACCAUGACAUUUUAAAUGUGUUUUGCUUUAUUAAGAUUUGUAAUAGAUUAUUGUAUUAACAGUUUGUCAGAAACAUUUUUCAUGAAUAAAGUUGAUAAUAAUAUGC